CUCCAGCUGAGAAAGAGUUCAGGUGUGUCUCGGGACUCUGUGAUCUCACUUUCUUCCUCUUGAAGACGCACACCUGGUUUAAGGGCGAUGUCGGGCUGUCUAGAGAAGGAGUUUGUCUUCCAGUUUAAGAACGGAAGCCAGAAGUCUUGCCUGACGGUUCCCCUGAGUCUGCCGCUGGAGUGUUCGGCUCGGGACCUGAGAGGGAGACUAGUGGCAGCGCACAACCUGCCGUGUUAUGUGGAGGAUGAGCUCCUUCAACAGUUGGAAGAGUUCAUCACAGUGGAGACUUCCAAACUGCAGGAUGAGAAUGCUGAAAACUCCCUCAAAGUCUUGGAUUCCGGGGAAAAGUCAGUCGAGGACAAAGCAGAAAGCUGGGCUCAGGCCUUCUCCAGGGUAAAGUCAUGA